AUGCCAGUUGAUCAAGAAAAAUUAGCUAAAUUACAAAAAUUAUCUGCCAAGAACAAGGUUGGUGGUACCAGAAGAAAGCAAGUCAAGAAGUCUGCUGGUGGUAACAAGGAUGACAGCAAAUUACAAGUCGAGUUAGGUAAGUACAAGGCUGUCACUAUCGACAACGUUGCUGAAGCUAAUUUCUUCAAAAACGACGGUAACGUUUUACAUUUCAACAAAGUUGGUGUCCAAGUUGCUGACAAGUAUAACACUUCUGUCUUCUACGGUUUACCACAAGAAAAGAGCUUACAAGAUUUAUUCCCAAACAUUAUCUCUCAGUUAGGUUCCGACUCCAUUAAUGCUUUAACCCAAUUAGCUUCUCAAUUACAAGUUGCUGAACAAGCUAAGGCUGCUGCCGGUGCCGAAAAUGGUGAUGUUAAGGAUGAAUCCAUUCCUGAAUUAGUUGAAGGUCAAUCUUUUGAUGCUGAUGUCGAAUAA